AUGGAGGGCGUUUUCUCUGAAGAGCGUGACAGGAUCGAUGCCAGACUUCGUGAGGAAAAGCGUGCGUCACCAGCACGAAUCCCUUGCACUUUGACUGCAUCUCACACAUACCCCGCCAAAUUCGUUCUUUCCUACUUGGCAAGGGUGAAACCGUGCCAUGAGUACAUAUCAGUGACCAGUGAAGGACUGAAGUUCCGACAGAAGUUCUUCUCCUCCCUCGAUUCUCUUCUAGCUUGGUUCAAGGUUCACUUCCGUGAGCCCCCACCUGGUGUGCAACAUCGUCGGUGA